AUGGUAACAUGUUCGGUGCUGUCAUUGUUUAAAAACCCAUCAACCCGUGCUGAAACCCUUAGCUUCAGGGUGGAGCCCAAUUGCCAAAUUAUAGGUUCAUUCAAUGGGCUGCUAUGUUUGUAUGAUUAUGAUGGAGAUUUCAGAUUAUGCAACCCUUCUACCAGAUUGACAUCCAAGAAAUCGCCUCACUCAUUUUGGUCGAGACAGGAUAUAACUCAUUUUGGCUUUGGUUAUGAUCAAGUUAAGGACAAGUACAAGGUGCUAAUAGCUAUCAGGGCUCUUAAUAUGACCAAAGUUCAUACCUUUGGAACUAAUUCUUGGACAACGAUUCAAAAUCCCAUAUUUUCUGAAAGUGGGGAUAAAGAAGGUAAAUUCGUGGGAGGUACUAUGAACUGGUUGAAUAAGAGAACAGGUAGUUAUGGUAAUUGGGCGAUUGUUUCCUUUCAUAUGGAGAAAGAGACUUAUAGCGAAGUGUUGCUACCUCCUAAACAUGAUGGUGGCAACAAGCAUGUGCUGGACGUCUUGAGUAAUUGUCUUUGUUUUCAUUACUUUGACGAAAGUCACUGGGUUCUGUGGUUGAUGGAAAAGCAGGAGUCUUGGACUAAAUUGAUGUUGAUUCCUCAUAACAGGAUUUGUAAUUUUAGGCUUUUUUUCCACCCUUUGUGCAUUUCAGGAAAUGGUGAUGUUCUAGCAAAAUGUUUAGAUCCCCAAUUAGUUCUGUAUAACGCAAACAAGGGCACAUAUAAUUAUCCUAAACUCAGGGGAUGGUUUAGGCCUGAUAUGCAUAUUUACCAUGAGAGUUUAGUUUCACCAUGA